AUGGCUUCCUCCAAGCUCAGAAGCUCAUGUUCCUUCCUAACCCUUCUACUAUCAUGCUUGAAUUUCUUUCUUUUUAUCUUGUCUGCAAUUUCUCUUGCCCCUAUUCUUGUCCUCAAGAUGCCACCCACCUCACUGGGUUGGGCAUUUCUCAUGGUCUCUAGCAUCUCCCUUCUCUCCUCUUUUGUGGGUUUCUACUCACAGCUCACCCACUUUUGCUUCAUAACCCAUGUUUCCCUCCUUCUCGCCUCAUCGAUUGGCCAGAUGCUAGGUGCUUUAGCCUUGUUUACGAAAGAGAAAUCGAGCCUUUCUAUGUUAAAGUCACCUAGAGAUCCAAAAGAAGCAAAACUUUUGGUAAGGUUGGAAUGUGGAAUUUUGUUGUCUAUGUUUGUAAUGCAGUUGGGUGUGUUAAUAGUGACUUGUGCCGUACAUAGCCGUUGGGUGAGGGAGUAUCAGGGUUUAGAAGCUGAGGGAGAGGCGACAGCAAGGAAGAGGAGUCAAAGGAUUGCACAAGUGCAGGAAGAGUCCUUGGAAAAUACAACGAAAAUUGCCAAGGUUAAAGCCAAGCAGUUGGAUGAGAAGAUGAAAAGCAAGUAUUGGCAAUGGGUGAAAACUGAUUUUGAAGGCUAA